UCCAUACCUAAUCCACAGCUGCCUGAUAUAUCACCCACAUUGUCCCCUGAGGAAAAGACAUUGAUCAAGCGACGGGAGUCCGGAUUUGUAUCUCGCGUCAGAAUCAUAAUACACUACCUAAAGCACGACAGCAUUCUGACUGGCUUACUGCGAGCACGACGACAAGAUGCAUCUCAUUGUAACCGGCGCCACCGGUCUGGUGGGCUCUGCCGUACUUGAUGCGAUGAUCAGAAACAAGGGCGUUACGAAGAUCUCGGUCCUCACUAGACGGCCGGUCAAGUUCCAGGACGACCGCAUCAACGUCAUCAUCCACAAGGACUUCGCCUCGUACGACCGCGACCUCCUCAAGAAGCUGGACGGCGCACAAGCUUGCGUAUGGGCCCUGGGAAUCAGCCAAACACAAGUUAGCAAAGAAGAGUACGUCAAGAUAACGAAGACGUUCCCGCUGGCGGCGGCAGAAGCAUUCCGAUCGCUCCCAGCCAAGACCGGGGAGAAGACGGAACCCUUCCACUUUGUCUACGUCUCCGGCGAGGGUGCCACCUUCACGCCCGGCCGCCUCACCCCGUUCUUCGGGCGCAUCAAAGGCGAAGCCGAGCUUGCCCUGGCCAAGAUGCAGGAAUCAGACCCUUCCUCCCUCCGCGCCACCACCGUCCGCCCGGGCGGUGUCGACUGGACCGGACAUGACGAGCUCAAGCCCUACCUACCCGAGAUGGGAGCCGCCAAAAACCUUUUGGCUGCUAUCUUGCUUCCAGUUAUGCGGUAUUCGGCGACAAGCAGGUUGAGUCCGACCGAGCCUCUCGGUCGGUUUCUGACGGGUAUGGCAAUGGGAAUGUGGGAUGGCGCUCUGCAGGGAGAAGGGGUGCAGAGAUUGCUGGGAGGCUCUGCUGUUGUGGAGAAUAAGGGAUUUAGAAGGUUGAUGGGGCUGGAUGCUGUGAAGGGCAAGUGAGUGAUCAUUCUGGAAACGGGCGAUGUAAGAUAGUACUGGAGUGCAGGGACACUGCCACUCUAGCUAGUGUGAACAUGUAAUACCUCCCUCUCUGGUUUAUUUGGUUGCUCUGCAG